UCUUCCACAAGGGCCGGGCGGCGGAGACGGCAGCAUCCAAGCAGCCGGAGGAGGAGGCAGACGAGAAGAUGCCACUGUCGCUGCCACCUCAGGGCGACCACGGGGAGUCCAGUCCGUCCAGGACCCCCAAGAAGCACACCUCUUUCCAUAUCUGGCGCUCCAAGAAGAAACAGCAGCCUCCGCGGUCUGACUGCGGGGUGUUCAUUCCGCACCCGCCCCCAGCGCCCCUCGGCGAGGCCAGAGCUUUGGAGGUAGUGGAUGGAGGCCGUGUGGCUGGAGAGUGCCAAGAAUUUACAUUGCACUUCGGGGAGUCCCGGUUCUUUCACACCACCUGUGAGGUGCCUGGUCCUUCACGUACAGAGUCUGGAAUGUUUAAAAAGUCCAGCGCACAACCACCAGAAGAGAAUAAAAGGAAACCAGUUUUGGGAAAACUCGGCACUCUGUUCACGGUAGGAAGGAGAAGGAACACCAGAAACGGGUUAGAAAGUCCCACCAGCUCAAAUGCCAAAUCAGUCUCUCCCAAAGAAGUAACCUCUUCCAAACUCCCCGAAACAGAGACUGAGAAGAGUCAACUUCGGGGCAGCCAACGAAAGCAGACAGACACGUGCGAGGAGGGCUCCCCCAAGGAGAAAUGCCAGGAGCCGAAGGGCCAGCGCCCCGAGGGCUGCGUCCAGGCGGCCCACCCGGACGCCGAGAGGUCACCUGGCUCGGGCAGCCGUGCCAAGGAGGCGGCUGUGCAGCAGGGCCAUGAAAGUGAUUCACCCCAAUUAGAACUAAUGGAGGCAGAGGGAGAGACUUUCCCAGCUGCCACCACCGCUGCCAAGCAGCUUCAUUCCUCACUAGAGAAUUCCUCCGGGCAGGAGAACGCAGAGACGCUCGCCCGUACUCCGGGGGAGGACGCUUCGCCCGGCGCUGGCCGCGAGCAGGAGCCAGCUCGGGGAGCGAGGGGCGUGCCGGGCUCGCCCGCCGGGGCCGCCCGCGUGUGUGCCCAAGGAGGCUCUCCGGAGCACCAAGACGCGCCGAGCCAGCCCCCCGAGGACGCAACGGCUCUUGCAGGCCGCCGUCCCGCUGAGGGCGCAGAGAACCAGGCGGGUUCGGCGCCUGCAAACAGCAAAGCCGACCCCCCGGGGCGAGACUGUCGGCCCCGCGAGCGCGCCCACCCCGCCAAAGUGUUGACUCUGGACAUCUGCUUGAGUAAGGCUGAGGUGGCGCGGGUGGACAAGCCGGUCGUGAUCAGUCCCGGGGCUGAAGAUUCCGGCGAUUGCGAAGAUAUGGAGAAGAGGUCGAGCGGCCGAAAGUUGGGGAGGCGGCGGAGGUCGCAGAAAUCCACCGACUCCCCCGGUGCUGACCCGCCGCUGCCCGACUGCGCGCCCCGGAACGACGCGGUCUUCGACAACGAGGUGGCGCCAAACGCGGCCGCCGGGAACGGCUCUGCUGAAAAGAAAGUGAAAUCUCCGCGGGCGGCCCCCGACGGGGGCGUUGCCUCUGUUUCCGGCCUAGAGUCCAAGCCCAGCCCCGACCCCAAAGGGCAGCCGCUAGCGGAGUCGGAGCGGAGCAAACAGCCGGCGCCCGCCUCGUCCCCCACCAAGAGGAGGGGCCGAAGCCGCGUUCCAGAGGCCGUGCCCACCUCACCCGCCGGCGGCGCGCGGGCUCCGGCCAAGGACUCCACUCCCAGGAGGGCGUCCGGCCCCGGCCCCGGCCCGGCCGCCAAGGAGAGAGGGGAGGAGGCGGCCCGGGUCAUCUGCCGCAAGCUUAUCGUGAAGAGCAGCUCGCUGCUGCCCGAGAUCAAGCCCGAGCCCAAGAGCGGGCCGCUCCCCAACCUCUUCGACGGCCGGGGAGAGGGAAGUCGAAGCAAAGAGCUGGGCAGAUCGGUCGGAGGUUCUGACGCCGACGGCUUGAAGCCCAGGAACCAUUUCGGUGUGGGCAGAUGGACAGUGACCACUAAAGUGACCAUCCCUGCCAAGCCCAAACAUGUGGAACUAAAUCUUAAAACCCCUAAGAAUCUUGGCAGUUUGGGAAACAGGCAUAAUCCAUUUAGCCAGCCAGUUCACAAAGGAAACACUGCCACCAAAAUCUCCUUAUUUGAAAACAAGCGGCCAAACAACAGCCCAAGACACACUGACAUUCGAGGUGCGAGGAACACUCCUGCCUCUAAUAAAACAUUUGUCGAGAGGGCACAGCUGAAUUUAGUCAAAAAAGCCAAGGGAAUGGAGCAGCCUGAAAAGAAGGUAAUGCCAGAUAGUCACCAGAAUGGUGUGCUGGGGAAGGAAACCUCUGCAGAAGCCAAAGUUACUGUUCCUGAAGAGGAGACUCCUGGUUCUCAGCUUAACCAAGGUGAUAAGGUAGAUGGGCAAACAGAUGCUGGCUGCCCUUCUGAACCAGUGGUUACUGCUCUGAUUCCUGUUAAGGACCACGAGCUCUUAGGAGAGGACGACUCAAAGGCUGCUGACAGCAAAAGACUUGAACGUGAAAAUAUGACUGAUACAGCACAAGACAGCCCUGCCAUUCUUGAGGCCAAAGAUUCGCCUCCAACAGCCAUACCAAAGCCACAGGAUGGAUUUUCUGACUCACAGCACCCAGCUGGGUCAUCUAAUAGGCCUUCUCUUUCACUGGCUGCCCCCAUUCCUGUGGAUGAUCCCAAAGACACACGUGCUCAAGCUCCUGUAAGCAGUUUUCCGUGCACUGAUCUAAAAGUGUCAGAAAACCAUAAUGGAUGUACUCUGCCUGUGUCUCAUCAGAAUAAUGAGAUGUCCCCCUCUAGACUUGCAGGAGGAGGAGGGGGAGAAAGAAGCCCUCCUUUGUCCCCAGAGCACAGCCUGGCAGCUAUGGGAAAUGAGUGUUCAUCCAAGGUCCUUGUCCAGGUCAGGUCCUUCGUGCUCCCUGUGGAGAACACCAAGGAUGUCCGCUCUCGGAUCAUCUCAGAUAGCUCUGAAGUUAGAGAAGCACAGUUGCCAAGCUGUCACAAUAAUGAACUUGAAGUGGUUUCUGUUGCAAGUGGUACUCCCCAGAAAGAGGAAGUACAGGGCAAUAAGAGCACAUCACCCAAACACAUUCAUUGCACAGAGGAACAUGUAGCAAAAUCUGGCCCACAAGUCAUGCCGCCCGAAUCAGAAAAAACUCUGCCUAUUCAGGGCAACGGAAAACCCCUGAAGACUGAAUCCAGCACCACCAGCUACCCUGGCAACAGAAAUCAUUUAGAAACCCCUCAAAGACCCGAUCAAAAUGUUGUAAAUGGCCAGGACAGUCCUGCCAGCCUUUUGAACAUUUCUGCUGGUAGUGAUGAUAGUGUUUUCGAUUCUUCUUCUGAUAUGGAAAAAUUCACUGAGAUUAUAAAAAAGAUGGACAGCGCAGUUUGUGUGCCCCAGAAGAAAAAGAAGGCCAGGAUGCCAAACUCCCCUGCCCCUCACUUCGCCAUGCCUCCUAUUCAUGAGGACAAUUUAGAAAAGGUGUUUGAUCCCAACGUGUUUACCUUUGGUUUGGGUAAGAAAAAGGAAGGCCAGCCAGAAAUGUCACCGGCUUUACAUUUGAUGCAGAAUCUUGACACCAAAUCCAAACUGAGACCCAAACGUUCAUCCACCGAACAGUGUGUCCUUUUCAAGUCCUUGCAAACUCACACUAAUGGGAAAGGCGAGCCUCUGGCAGCUCCAGAAGUAAAUGACAAGGAGAACAGGGAUGUCACAAACGGUGGAGUCAAGAGAUCGAGGCUAGAAAAAAGUGCACUUUUCUCAAGCAUGUUAUCUUCUUUACCACAAGACAAAAUCUUUUCUCCCUCUGUAACAUCAGUCAAUACCAUGACCACAUCUUUCGACACCGCUCACAACAGUUCUCUUUCUCGGCCUUCCGUGCUACAGCCCGUGGCUGAGGGUGCCCCACCCUGUGGUUCAGAGAAAGAACAGCCAAGUCUGCCACCCAGCAACAUAAUGGUCUUCAAUUUCAACUCGUCAGAUACGUCUCAUUCGGGAUUGGAAAGUCUGAGCUCCGUGGAAAAGUACCUGCAAAAAGAGGAAACCAGAAAAGAUCUGGAUUCACGAAGCAACCUACCCGUGCCAAAAACUACAUUUUCUGAAUUUUCAAAACUGAAGAACAAUGGUGAUAUGGAAAAGGCUAAUCAUAUUGAAAGUGUUCUUAAAUCGAACUUGCCGAGCUAUGGAAGCAGUGACACAGACUUCCCCGGUCUUUUCAAAUCCACCCGGUUUGACCCAAGCAUUUCUUUUUCUGGAAUGUCAUUAUCAGAUACAACAACACUUAAAGGAAGUGUCCAGAAUAAAAUCAAUCCCCGACCUGGAAAGGUGGUGAUAUACGGUGAACCCGACGUCUCAGAGGAGUGCAUUGAAGUGUUCAGUGACAUUGAGGAUUGCAGCUCUUGGAGCCUCUCUCCUGUAAUACUGGUAAAAGCUGUUAGAGGAUGCUGGAUUUUGUAUGAGAAACCAAAUUUUGAAGGACACUCCAUCCCCUUAGAAGAGGGAGAAUUGGAACUGUCUGGUCUCUGGGAUGUAGAAGAUGUUUUGGAAAGAAGCGAUGACGAGGCAGAGUCGGCUAAGCCUGUGGUGAUUGGUUCAAUCAGACUUGUGGUCCAGGAUUACAGAGUUAGUCAAAUUGACUUAUUUACUGAACCAGAAGGGUUAGGACUUCUAAAUUCCUACUUUGAUGAUACUGAAGAAAUGCAGGGGUUUGGUAUGAUGCAGAAGACUUGUUCCAUUAAAGUACAUUGGGGCACAUGGCUGAUUUACGAAGAGCCUGGAUUUCAGGGUGUCCCUUUUAUCCUGGAACCUGGUGAAUACCCUGACUUAUCCUUCUGGGAUACAGAGGAGGCGUACAUUGGAUCCAUGCGGCCUCUGAAAAUGGGUGGCCGUAAAGUUGAAUUCCCUAUAGAUCCAAAGGUAGUUAUUUAUGAAAAGCCUUUCUUUGAAGGAAAAUGUAUGGAACUAGAAAAAGAGGUGUGUAAUUUUAUCAUGGAAGGAGGUGAAACAACUGGAGAUGAACAUUUGCCCCUUACAUCAGUGGGAUCUAUGAAAGUUCUAAGAGGCAUUUGGGUCGCUUAUGAGAAGCCUGGCUUUACUGGUCAUCAGUAUUUGCUUGAAGAAGGAGAAUAUAAGGACUGGAAUGCCUGGGGAGGCUACAGUGGAGAACUUCAGUCUUUACGACCUAUAUUAGGUGAUUUUUCAAAUGCUCACAUGAUAAUGUACAGUGAAAAAAACUUUGGAUCCAAAGGUUCCAGUAUUGAUGUAUUAGGAAUUGUUGCUAAUUUAAAGGAGACUGGAUACGGAGUGAAGACACAGUCUGUUAAUGUACUGAGUGGAGUAUGGGUAGCCUAUGAAAAUCCUGACUUCACAGGAGAACAGUAUAUACUGGAUAAAGGCUCUUAUACCAGCUUUGAGGACUGGGGAGGCAAAAAUUAUAAGAUCUCUUCUGUUCAACCCAUAUGUUUGGAUUCUUUCACCAGCCCAGGGAGACGAAAUCAGGUUCACUUGUUUUCGGAACCACAGUUUCAAGGUCGCAGUCAGUGUUUUGAAGAAACAACAAGUCAAAUUGAUGAGUCAUUUUCUGCCAAGUCUUGCAGAGUUUUAGGAGGCAGCUGGGUUGCAUAUGACGGAGAAAAUUUCUCGGGUAAUCAGUACGUGUUGGAGGAAGGCCACUAUCCUUCGCUGUCUGCAAUGGGAUGCCUGCCUGAAGCAACUUUCAAGUCUGUUCGUUUUAUAGAUUUCGAAUUUUCUGAACCAACAAUUAUUCUUUUUGAAAGAGAAGACUUCAAAGGAAAAAAGAUUGAAUUUAGUACAGAAAUAGUUAAUCUCCGAUCCCUAGGAUUCAACACGCACAUACGCUCUGUUCAGGUGAUUGGUGGCAUAUGGGUUACUUAUGAAUAUGGCAAUUACAGGGGUCGACAGUUCCUAUUGUCACCAGCAGAAGUACCUAAUUGGUAUGAAUUCAGUGGCUGUCACCAAAUAGGUUCUCUACGACCUUUUGUUCAGAAACGAAUUUAUUUCAGACUUCGAAACAAAGCAACAGGGUUAUUCAUGUCAACCAAUGGAAACUUAGAGGAUCUGAAGCUUCUCAGAAUACAGGUCAUGGAGGAUGUCGGUGCUGAGGAUCAGAUUUGGAUUUACCAAGAAGGAUGCAUCAAAUGCAGGAUAGCAGAAGACUGCUGCCUGACCAUCGCGGGGAGCCUAGUAACCUCUGGCUCUAAACUGGGCCUGGCGCUCGAACAGAGCGUCGACAGUCAGUUCUGGAGCAUGAAGUCUGACGGCAGGAUCUAUAGCAAGCUGAAGCCAAAUUUAGUUUUAGAUAUCAAAGGGGGUACACAGUAUGAUCACAAUCACCUUAUCCUCAACAGUGUCAGCAAAGAGAAGCUAACACAAGUGUGGGAAGCCAUGGUCCUAUAGACCUGAAUUAAAGAAUGCAGGAGGAAUAUUUCUGGAGGUCUUUCGGCUACCUUAUUUAAACAAAAAAAAAAAAAAAAGAAAAAACAAGGACUGCAGACAGAAGCACC